CUGUCUCAUUCUCUCUCUCUCUCUCUCUCUUUGCUUGUAUUGUUUCAGCUGCUACUACAGCAUUAUCUGUUGCUGCUGUCGCUUCCACAGAUGCUGCUGCAACUAUUUGCUCACUGUUAGGCGAAUGGAUGACUGCAACUAGAUGAGCUUUUACAAGUGACUCGAUAAUAUUUACAUAAAUUAUGCAAAACUCUCUCGGCACUGCCUGUUAAUUAUUAAUAUAGCUGCUGUGUGCAAAACUUCAGUCUACUGGGUUUCUACUCUUCUGCUCCUCGUUUAACUGAUGACCAAUCUUAACGGAUAAUGGCUCUUAUACUGCAUCUCAAAAGUGUUGACAAUCUUAGAUCAACCUGUAACCGUAAAGCUAAAGUUACUUUCAGAGGUGUCUGCCAUUAUUCCAGAGUUAUUGAAAAUGCAUCAGAAACAGCCAAUUUUGAUGAGAUAUUCGAAUGGCCAGUGGCUCGACCAAUUGAAAGUGAGGAGUGCUUGGAUAUACAUAUAUUUAAUUAUAGCAAAUACUUGAACAACAGACUUAUUGGCACUUUUCGUAUCAUUCUUCAAGAAUUAAUCGAAGUUGGUCACAUCGAGGUAUCAGACACACUUCUUGACAGUAAUAAUGUAGCUAUGAAGACUAAAGUUGACUUUGAACUUACCUAUAAUGCUCCAGAUGGUUCUGUUGGUAUCUGGCAAAAGGGUGGUUUUGAAGAUGUCCAAGCUGAGGAAGAAGAGGAAGGUGAAGAGGGUGAGGAUGGUAAGCAGUUGAUAAUCAAGAACCAAAGACAUUCCUUACCAUCGAGUCCACAGAAAUAUGGAAAGAUGUCAAAGUUUAGUGCUGUUGCUGCUCGAGGUUCUUUUGGUAUAUCUCCAAGUGGGGCUGCAAAGUUUAGUUCAUUGGUCAAGAAUGUGAUGAAACAAAAGCCAGAAGACAGUAACAAGCAAAUACUGGGUGACGCUGAAGCAGAAGUCCUGUCUGUUGAAGGCAAAAGUGCUAAAAUUGCAUCUUCAAUAUUAUCAGCAUUUGGCACAGAUUCAACUUGCACAGAGGAUGAUCAACGCAGUGAAAGCACUGGAUCAGCUAUUAUGACACCUACUAAAAUGCACCGACCGAAAGUAGAUCAUCAUAUGGAACAUGCGUCUUUACGAGCACAAGACUUUCAAGUUUGUGUGACCAUCAUAGAAGCUAGGCAAUUAGCAGGAUUGAACAUGGAUCCUGUUAUCUGUGUGACAGUCGGUGACCAGAAAAGAUACACUAGUGUGAAAGAAUCAACUAACUGUCCUUAUUAUAAUGAGUACUUUGUAUUUGAUUUCCACAUGGCUCCAGCUAUGUUAUUUGACCAAAUCAUUACAUUAACAGUAUGUCAAGCCGGCAGACUUCUCAGGUCCAACAAGCCUUUGGGGAGUUUCAAACUUGAUGUUGCCACUGUCUUUGCUAAUACAGAUCACCAGUUUUACCACAAAUGGGCGAUGUUGACUGAUCCUGAUGACAUUAAUGCCGGAAUCAAAGGUUAUGUUAAAUGUGACCUGGCAGUCAUUGGCAAUGGCGACUCUAUAAAGGCUCCUCAAACUGUUCCACCGAAAAAUGACCACGAUGACGAUGAUAUCGAAUCGAACUUGUUAUUACCAGAAGGAGUUCCUGUCGACAGGCAGCGAGCUAGGUUUGUUAUAAAGAUCUACAAGGCAGAUGGUCUGCCAAAAAUGAAUACAGGAAUCAUGGCAAAUGUGAAACGGGCAUUGACUGGAGAAGCAAAAGAUUUGGUCGAUCCCUUUGUUCAAGUUUCCUUUGCUGGAAGAAAGGGAAAAACAUCAGUGAAAAAAGGAGCUUAUGAGCCUGUUUGGAAUGAACAGUUGGUAUUUAAUGAAAUGUUCCCUCCAUUAUGUCGGAGGAUACGAAUUCAGUUACGUGACAAUGAUAGUGUCAAUGAAGACGUGAUCGGAACACAUUUCAUUGACUUAGGAAAGAUAUCUAACGAAGGGGAUAAAGGAUUUUUGCCAACAUUUGGUCCCUCAUGGAUCAAUUUAUAUGGUUCAACGAGAUACUACAGCAUUCUAAGUGAACAUACAUAUCUGAAUAAUGGUCUUGGAGAAGGUGUCUCUUAUCGUGGACGCCUGUUGGUAGCUGUGACGGCAGAAAUUGUUGACAACAUGGAUACGAUUACCCUAGUGGAACUCGAAACAUGUAAUCCUUUGCCAGAGAAUGCUGGAGGAAAGAAAGAUGAAUACUUCUUGUUUGGUUCCAUUUUAGAAGCAACGAUGAUAGACAAAAAGAUUGGAGAAAAACCAGUUCAUUUUGAAAUGAGCAUUGGGAAUGCUGGAAAUGUUUUAGAUGGUUACAACCCGCCAACCAAUCGAGAUGGCGACAGCAGCGAAGAAACAGGGGAGUCUGAAGAAGACAAAUCUGUGGAUCAGAACGCUGCAGCUGAAAUACCACAAUGGCAGAGUACGACUUCACCAAUUAAGCCAGUGACCAAAGACAAAAUCUACUACAUAAUGCCUUACUAUGAAGAAAAACCGUGCGUGUACAUCAAAGAUUUCUUCGAAGACCACAGGCGCAGAAUGUAUAAUAGUAAUAUACUUCAGAAGAUAAUUGUUAAAUUGGAGAAUGGUAUCAACGAAGUACAAGAUUUAAUUAAUCAAGAACUACCGUUCCCAGAGAGACGAUUACGAGGUGUAUUGGAAGAAUUAGGUCUUGGCUGCUCCAAAUAUAUGACAUUGGUGAAGAGCUCUGGGAGUGGAGGAUCGUUUAAUAAAACCAAACUGGACAAAGAGAGAUAUAAACUUUUGGUCAGGGAAAUAGAUCAAAUGUCAACGAUGGCCCGGACUAUAAAAGCAACUGUGACCAAAGGGAAUAUGAAGGAAAAAUUACGAUCAACAACAAUGUAUUUACAGAAGUUACAAAAGUUAGUUGAAGAGCCUCAACAUGCCUUGCCCGAUGUGUUCAUCUGGAUGAUCAGUGGUAGCAAAAGAGUAGCCUAUCAACGCAUUCCUGCAGAAGCCAUCAUUUAUUCUAUAGUUGACGAAGAAAAAGGGAAAGACUGUGGCAAAAUGCAGACGUUAUUUUUAAGGUUACCAGGCAAAAAAGCGAGUGGUCAGGCUGGAUGGUCUAUACAGGCAAAACUUCAGAUCUAUCUGUGGUUGGGACUUUCAAAGCACAAAAAGGACUUUUUAAAUGGCUUACCAAAGGGUUAUGAAGAAACCAAGGUCAUCAAACAAGCGAACCGAAUUAACUCGAUGCCACCAUUAUCUUUGGUCUACAAAGAAAAGCAAAUAUUCCAGCUUCGCUCUCACAUGUAUCAAGCUCGAAGUUUGAUUGCUUCUGACGCCACUGGCCUCUCAGACCCAUUUGCACGUGUGAUAUUUGGUGACCAGUGUGUGAUGACACAAGUCAUAGAGGAAACUCUUAGCCCUACAUGGGACGAAUUGUUGAUCAUUAAUGAACUUGCUAUGUAUGGACAAAUGGACCAGAUUUCGGAAGAUCCUCCUGCAAUUGUCAUUGAAAUAUUUGACCAGGACAAAGUAGGAAAAGCCGAAUUUAUUGGUCGAGCUAUUGCAAAACCUGUUGUGAAAAUGUACAAUGAGAAAUACUGUAAACCAAAAUUUCCUCCAAAACUUGAAUGGUGGGACAUAUACCGUGGAUCUGACCAUGCUGGAGAAUUACUGGCUGCAUUUGAACUCUUACAGCAUCCAUUCGAUGAAAAAGAUUUAAGGCUUGCUCACGAAAUACCACAGUAUGCCAAGAAGAGAUUGCGGAACGCACCCCCAUCAGACGAGCUUGCUCCAUUUGGAGAUGUGAGUGGACAAGAUCUACCUCCAAUGGAAAUGCCUGAAGCAAUGGAUUCUGAUCGGGGAACACUUAUGCCAGUGCCAAAAGGAAUUCGGCCAAUUCUCAGCAAACACAGAGUUGAAGUUCUUUUCUGGGGUGUGAGAGAUCUCAAGAGGUUGCAACUGACACAUGUUGACCGGCCCCGUAUUGAUAUAGAAUGUGCCGGACAUAUCCUUCAAUCUUCAGUUAUUGCUAAUGCAAAGAAAAACCCAAAUUUCAGCAUUUUAGUUAAAUUCUUCGAUGUUGAAUUACCAGAAAAUGAACUUUACUGUCCACCAAUCACUAUACGCUGCGUGGACUGCCGCAGUUUUGGGAGAUUUGUACUAGUUGGGAGUCAUAUAAUCAAAUCUUUAUCCAAAUUUAUGUACGUUCCUACGACUAAAAGAGCAAAAGAUGCUUUGAAAAAGCUGUUUCCCGGAAGAGAUCUUGAUGCUCCUAAAGUUGUUUCGGAAUAUUCCCAAAAAUCUGAAGAUGUUGCUAUAAACAUUGAUGAAAAACAGCCCCUUAUUUCCAGAGACCAAAUGAUCACUAUUGAUGCUAUGGACAGAAAAGAACAGAAAACAGCAGAGAACAAAAGACGGCGCAAAGCUGGUAUCGAUGAAGAAGAACCAGACUUGGAAAGCUUAGAUUGGUGGAGCAAGUAUUUUGCUUCAGUGGAAACUAUGAUAAGGGAACCGAGUCUUGGAAAAGAUCAGGAACAUUACAAGAAAGAUGAUUUAACUGGUGAAGGGGAUACCAGAGAUUCUCCAAGUCACAAGAUCAAACCCUCUGAAGAGACCACACCCUACGGUGCCAUACCAAAUGGCAAACCUAACACAGAUGAUCCAGAAUAUGAUGCUAAACAUGCCAAGAAAAUGGAAAAAGAACUGAAAAAGAUGGAGAAAAGAGAAGCUGCCCUAUCAGGAAAGAUGGCCUUUCGUAGCACAUCUAAGGGUACUUCUUUAGCUUCGAAACUUUCUCCAAAGACCCAACGCAAGAAGGACAAACUUUUAAGUGCCACCUCACAACUAAAGGGCUUUUUCCCUCGAAAACUUACCCAUCACGUCCCUGAAACUGAACAAAUCCCUGAGGAUGAAGGAGAAAAAAGUCGAAAGUCCUUGAUAACGGUAUUCCCUCAUGAGCUUGAAAACCAGCAUGAAUACAACAACUUCACUGACUGGUUACACACGUUUGAGUUGUAUCGAGGAAAGAAAGUGAGUGGCGAUGAUGCAGAUGAAAGCAGAGUUGUUGGGAAAUUCAAAGGUUCUUUAAAAAUCUACAAGAUCCCUCUCCCACCUGACAUAGAAGAUACGACCAUCACUGGAGGCGACCCACAGUAUGGCCUUUUCCAAGGUUUACCAAGCAACGACCCUAUCAAGGUGUUAGUGAGAGUUUAUAUUGUCAAGGCGAAUGACCUUCAUCCUUCUGAUAUUAAUGGAAAAGCAGAUCCGUACCUUGUUAUAAGACUUGGCAAAACCGUCAUUAAUGGAAAGGACAACUACAUAUCGAAACAACUGAAUCCUGUCUUUGGAAAAUGCUUUGAAAUCGAAGCUACAUUCCCGGUGGAAUCCCUCCUUUUGGUUCAAGUAUAUGAUUGGGAUCUGGUCGGCCUCGAUGAUCUUAUUGGAGAAUCAAAAAUAGAUCUCGAGAAUCGCUUCUACAGCCGUCAUCGGGCAACCUGUGGCAUCAGCAAAAAAUACGAAUUAUCUGGUUGGUUUGAACAUAAAACAGAUAGAAUAUUAGGACCAGACAGAGCCAGUUUAAAAGCUGAACAGGGGUUCUCAACUAUUUUUCAUCUAUGGUCCCUUUUGAUUACUAUUUUAUUCUGGUAG